GGGCAAACUUGUCCAUGUAUCACUGCGCAGAGAAACGAUUUGGGUGCGCCCAGAAGGCUCUUUGCCAGGAUCAUAUUUUCCGUCGAAGGCGCUGGGAUCACUCAACACAGACCAGACCUGGGUCAACACUCGUUCCGUGAAAGAUCUCUCAUCUCAGAGCCUGAGCUAUUCCCAACAGGGAAAGAUCACAUUCCCUUUUCUCUUUCUUCAAUCUGUAAAAUUUUAAAUCCUAAAAGUUCAAAGAGGCGAAGAGAUCGCGCGAGCUGCCUCAGAGCUGAAAGAGAUCUAUCUCCUUCCCAAACAUGAAUGACCUUCUAUCGGACUCUUUUGAGAUCCCCAGGGAUCAGAGUACUAGAAAUGGAGAUAUAGAAAUGGGAAAUCAGAGGCCAACUAAUCCUGAGGGUCUGGAUCAAUUUUAUAAGCAGGUUAAACACAUUGAGCAACAGUAUGAUAAGUUGAACAAUCUCCUUAAAAAGCUUCAGGUUGCUCAUGAGGAUUCAAAGGCAAUAACAAAAGCAUCCGAUAUGAAAGCAAUAAAGGAGCAGAUGAAGAAACAUAUAGAUGAAAUUGGAAAAAUUGCUAUGCUUAUAAAAUCAAAAUUUGAGGAGCUUGAUAAAGAUAAUACAGCCAGCAGAAAUAAACCCAAUUGCGGCAAAGGAUCAGCUAUAGAGAGAUUACGAACUGCGAAUACAGCUGCCUUGAAAAAGAAGUUCAAAGACAAGAUAAAUGAUUUUCAGAGUUUAAAAGAUGCCAUCCAUAAUGAGAAUCGUGAGGUUGUUGGAAGGCGUGUAUUCACAGUUACUGGGACUAGAGCUGAUGAAGAGACAAUCGAGAAGCUGAUAGAGACUGGUGACAGUGAACAAAUAUUCCAGAAAGCAAUUGCAGAGCAGGGACGCGGUCAGGUUAUGAACACCAUUGAAGAGAUUCAGGAACGCCAUGAUGCAGUAAGAGAAUUAGAAGGGAAACUUUUAGGCUUGCAACAGAUAUUCAUGGACAUGGCAGUGCUGGUUGAUGCCCAAGGAGACAUGCUUGAUAAUAUAGAAUCUCAGGUUUCUACUGCAGUUGAUCAUGUGCAGUCGGGGAAUGUUGCACUUCAGAAGGCUAAGAAAUUGCAAAGAAAUUCCAGAAAAUGGAUGUGCAUAGCUAUCAUUGUCCUCCUCAUUAUUGUUGCUAUCAUUGUGGUUGGCGUCCUCAAGCCGUGGAAUAGCAACAAGGGCGCUUAAUAGCUUUCACAGACAGGCGUCGUGUAUAAAUUUCACAGAAAUUUGUAAUUUAUUACCACAUUUCUCAAAAUUCUUUUCAUUGAUUUUUCUUAUGCUUGGGCCCUUCCCUUCCCUUUGAAGGUUUGACUUUAACACUGUUUGUGAUACGAUCUGGCGACUGAUGCCUAUCAGUUUGCCUGAGUAAUCUAAUGCUGAACAUUAUAUAUAUAAUUUUCAUAUGCUACCUCUUCCAAAUUACU